GGAUUUGGGGGGUGGAAACAGUCUCUUAAGUACAAAAUGCAAAACUAUCGUACAAAGCUUGGCCGUCUUGGACAUCCUGAAAUCCUUGUGAACUCCUUAAAGCACAAGAAAACAGGCCAAGGCAAAGCUGCAGCAAACAUAAAAAAACCAAGAAAAGCUGAAAUAAACUACAUUCCUCUGCACCCAAAAGGCGAAACCACAGAAAGCUUGGAGAACGAGAGAAUUGCCUUAUUGUCAGAACUGAAAAAGCGUGACAAUGAAGUGGUGAUAAAAGCAAAAAUGGAAAAAACCUUCUCCCACAGACGCCUUGAGAUUGUGGAGCAAAGGCCUUUGAUAGGGGACUUCAAAUGCAGAUGGCCUGCUCUGUUUCAGCAGAGUGAAGUGAAUGCGGAGUUUUUGAGGAUCACAACAUCACCACUUCAAUCAAAGUUCAUGUGGCAGCUGGACCACUUCUCAGACAAGCUCUUGAAGGUCUUCAAGAUCAAAGGAGGACUAAAGGGCCACAAAAUCAAGGAAGCCCGUGCAAUAUCAGAUUUGUUUGAAAACAUCCACAUCAAGAGGGGGUGCAUCCUGCGAAGCAUCGCGAUCUACCUCAACGAGGAUCCAGACUCUUUUUUUAAGGAGUAUCAGGCCUCUGCCUCUGAAGAUGCCAAGAGGGACAUGGCAAACACAGUCAUGGGCAUAUACACACUUCAAAGAGAUGUGGAUGGGCAGCCAGAGGACGUGGGAAUUGUCAUCGAAGGCAAUAUAGUCAUGGACAACUUGGGCAGCGUGAUUGUGGGGUUUGUCAUGCUAUUGGGACUUAUUUAUGCCCUGGAUUUGAGCUUUCCGGACAACCUCAAACACACCUUCGAGUUCAUGCAGAAGGUAGUGAUGAAUCUGGAUGGGCACAAGCUGAAUGGUAAAAUCGAAAGUCUGAAGAUCAAGAAGUUCGAUUGAAAUGUGAAAAAGAAGUGACUCAUGAGUUCAUUGUUGUCAUUUUAUUCACGAGUUUCCUAAUCAGAGCAGAUUGAGCCGUUAUAUCAAUCAUUUGUUCUGUGCUUUUCUGUAUUUGUUUCAACACACUGUAACACUAUUUCCAUAUGUUGGUGUUUGCAGUGCACUCUUCAUGUUAUGUGUUAUUGUCCUGUUAGAAGAGCAGUGCAUACCCCUGUUAUAUUGUAUUCAUUGUAUUUGGCAAAGGGAGAUUUGUAAGUUAAUUAUAGGAGUUCCAUUUCUCUGCCAUUUUAAAAAUGGUAUUAUCUUUCAGAAAUGUUUUUCAUCUUUCAGUGUGAAUUCAUUCAUUUUAAAACACUGUAUUGAAUGGAAUGGAGGA